CCGAAUUGUCAAAUGCACAAAGAAAUUAAAAGUCACCAAAGUGGCAAAUUUAUACAAAUGUUUACAAAUUAUGUUUGGAAUUUUGGAAUAUACGGACAGAAUUACAACAAUUUUAAUCCCUCAAAUAAGCUGUUAAAAUGGAUAAUUCGUCACUAAAUGCAUCAGUCAUGAGUACAGAGUCGCUGAUCAUGUCUCUGCUUGGACAGAUACAGUGUUUGGAAAGCGAACGAGACAACGCGAGGGUGCUUGCCGCUCGCAUGCGAGAACGACUUGAACAUAUUAACAACAAUGUAACCGGUUUUGAAAAUACGAAUGGUCAUAAAUCGGAGGUAAAUAACAACCACAGACUUGCUAAAAUAUUAAAAGAAGUUAGCUCGGGUACUUUGAACGAUAUACAGCAAAUAAUUUCGAACGAAGAGCACAGGUAUUUCAAUCUCAAAGAACUGAGUUCAGCGGGCGAAACAGAACAGACUGCCAACCCGAAUGGUCAACUCGCAGUGUGCAAACAGCAUUAUGAAAAGCUCUUGGAAGAGGCGGAAAACGACAAAGUUGAACUGCGUAAGAAGUUAAAAGAACAACAAGAUAUGCUUCUUGAUAGGGAUAUUAAAAUAGGGGAAUUAGAAAGGAAACUUCAAAAUAGUUCAUACUCAGACAAAGGAAGUAGACCUGUUAAUAAUUAAAAGUAUAAUUAUAUGCAUGUUAGCUAUACAGUAGAUGCAUUGUGGAUUUUGGAAUAUAAUAUUUGAUUUCCUGUAAGCAUGCACCUACAGUAUCAUCCAGUCUGCGCCCC